AUGGACAACAUUAAAAUAAAUCUUCUCAUCAUGAAUUUCAUGGGGUUGUGGCCUACAGGUGACACAUCUUACAAACCAGGUUUUUACAUGUUGUACACCACAGUCAUAGUAAUUCUGGUGGCAAGCCAUAUCUUGUCUGAAGUAAUCAACAUUUAUUUCGUAAGAGAUAAUUUAGAAAUGGUGGUGGGAAUUAUAUACAUAAUCUUAAUUGAAAUUAUGGCAGCCACUAAAGCUGUCAUCGUCAUCCGAAAAAUGAAAACUCUUAAGAAUACGGUGAAACUAAUUCAAAGCGACUGGUUCCAGCCACAGAACAACACCCAAAUAUUGUUGAUUCAACCCAGUAUAAAUUUCUGGAAACUUAUUUAUAAAGUGUUUGUAACCGCAUCCAUCGGUUGCAAUAUUUUCUGGAUGAUCCCCCUUUUAAGUUCAAGUACAAUGAAAAAACAAUUACCAUUUUUAGCUUGGUACCCAUAUGAUGCAGCAGUUUCUCCGUUGUAUGAAAUUACGUACGUUUUUCAGCUAGUUAGUACUGGAUAUUUAACCUUCAUUAGUAUAAAUGUCGAUGCUCUAAUUUGUGUGUUUAACGUCUACAGUUGUUGUCAGUUUGACUUACUAAGUGAUAACUUGAGAAAUUUGGAAUUUAUAAAUGAUAAUCCUUGUGAAACUAGGGCAAGUCUGAUUUGGUGUAUUACACACCAUGAACAAAUUUUAAGGUUUGUUAAAAGUUGUAAUGACUUCUUUAAGUGGAUUCUCUUCUGGCACUUAAUUGUGAGUGGUGUAUCGAUUGGAAUAACCAUGUUUCAGUUAACUCUAAGUAAUUUUGUUUCAUACGCCACAUUUGAAUCCGACUGGAUAAAUUUCCCACACAGUACCAAGAAGGAUUUAUUGUUAUUCAGUAUGAAUCUAACUCGUCCACUAACAAUAUCCACGUUCAAUGUAUUUCAGUUAUCACUAAAUACUUUUGUGAAAAUUCUUAAAACCGCCUGGUCCUAUUUUGCUCUUUUAUAUCAGCUUAGUGGCAAAAGUUAA